UGUGUGUUGAUUGAUAAACAAAGACGACUGUCGUAACUCUUCGACCCAAACCGAUAAUAAAUGUAACACAUUUCCACAUUAAUCUGUUUUGGACACCGUAGAAUGGACGUUUGUCCUGCAAACUGCUCAACGUCAAAUGCGGCAGAUAAGCCCGCUUGGAAAGAAGAAGCUGAACACGAGUGGGAUGAGUUACAUCCACGUAAAUUAAUUCCUGAAAUUUGUAAUCUGUUAUAUCAUUUGGGAUGGGUUACUGGGACAGGAGGAGGCAUGAGCAUCAAACGAGGAGAUGCAAUUUACAUUGCUCCUUCUGGUGUGCAAAAAGAAAGAAUUAAGCCAGAAGAUCUUUUUGUUCAAGACAUACAUGGACAUGAUCUGAAAUUACCUCCUUCAUCAAAAGGCCUAAAGAAAAGCCAAUGCACCCCAUUAUUCAUGUGUGCAUACACAGAGAGAAGUGCUGGUGCUGUGAUUCAUACUCAUUCAAAAAAUGCAGUUCUGGUCACUUUGCUUUGUGAUAAAGAAUUUAAAAUCUCUCAACAAGAAAUGAUAAAAGGCAUAUGGAAUUCAGGAUUAGGACGGUACAAUAAGUUCAAUGAAGAAAUUGUUGUCCCAAUAAUUGAGAACACUUGCUGGGAGUCAGAAUUGGAAGGUUCACUACGAGUGGCCAUGCACAAAUAUCCAAAUACCAGUGCAAUAUUAGUUCGCCGCCACGGGAUUUAUGUGUGGGGAUCUACGUGGGAGCAAACAAAAGCAAUGUGUGAAUGUUAUGAUUAUCUGAUGGAAUUGGCGGUGAAUAUGAAACAACUUAAUAUUCCCUGGCAUGCAGUUGAAUGGCGUCCUUAAACAAUAACGUUUCUCAACAGCAUUGACUGAAUAUUAUCAGAAGAUGAAAAUAUAAACUAAUCUACAAAAAAAAAGAUCUAUUCAAGUCCAAGGGUCCACGAAAUGCCUUGUACAAGUAAAAGAAUAAGGGGCUGCCAUGCUACAAGCCAUCGGAUCCAGUCCAAAAGUUGGCCAUACAAAACGUGUGGACGUUCCCACCUAAGAAAGAUAAUUCGUUAAUGGUUUCAAUUUUGUUUCGAAAUAACAGCAACAAUUUAUACGGAUUGCAAAACAUUUUCUUCAAAUCAACUUUUUCACGGCAGUAAGGGCAAGUUUGUUUCUUGCCGACUAUGCACCAAC